UGGCUGACAGGAGCCGGAGCCCGCCGCUGCCUCCUCCGGCGCGGAGUACCACACACCCCCACACACACCGCGGGGAGGAGGAGGAGGAGGAGGAAGAGGGCGGAGGGAGCAGAGCAGCCCCCCCGCCCCAGCCCCCGAGCGUUAUCGCCCUCAUCCCCCCAUGCAAUACGGGCGAUAUAGCACGGCUCCCCGCCCCGCGCUCCCACGGACAGGCACCUGCAGGUGAGAAGUAAAUAUGAGUUUGGUAACACACAACCAUCAGUGCCAGGACCCUGUGAUCUAAACGGUGUCUCCAGCUGACUUCCCAGUGGCCAGGCGCUAUUGAUCCUGUACCAUGGAGGACUGCCUUCACACCUCCUCUGAAAAUCUCUCCAAGCUGGUGAGCUGGGCCCACAGCCAUGGGACCAUCUGCAGCCUCAUCCCCAACCUCAAGCACCUGCUUUCCGAGGGGGCCCAUGGCAACCUGACAGCCAUGUGGGGCUGUAGUGCUGGCCAUGCCUACCACUGGCCCCUGGCCGCCACUUGCCGGGCUGGUUCCCAGGAGCGUGUCUGCUUCCAGGACAGCCGCAGCUUCAACUCGGACAGCCCCAGCAUGCUGGGGGUGCCGUCAGAGGCUCAGGCCAGCCCCCUGGAGCGCUACCCAGGCCGGCCAGGGAAGGCCAAGCUGGAUUGCACUCGCACUCGUGACUCCUGCGACUUCUCCUACUGCAGCGAGCCGUCAGAGCUGGGCGAGCCUGUGGAGGAGUACGAGGACGAGGCCACCCUCUUUGACAUGGUCUGUGAGUCCUCUGUCACCGAUGAGGACAGUGACUUUGAGCCACACCCGCAUCGUGCUCCCACCGGCCCCCGCAAGCGGCCGGCUGCCGCGGCCCAGGCCCAGGCGCAGCCCGCCGACGAGGGCGGCGGUGAUGUGCUCCUCAAGAAGAUCAAGCAGGAGCUCCCUGAGGACUACUAUAUAGUGGCCAACGCGGAGCUGACGGCCGGCACCGAUGGGCCGGCCCUGGCCCUGACACAGAUGUCCAAGCCCAAGCCGCAGCCACCAGCUGCGCCCUCCUGCGUGGGACCCAGCAGACCUGUGCCCCAGCCAGCCGCAGGCCCCGAGCCCGACCCACCGCGCCCCUGCGCCUCCCCGCCUGGCCCGCCCCGCAUGGCCACACAGCGGCCACCCCGGGGACCCCUUGCCUCCCCGGCGUGGGGGGCAGGCGGUGGCCCUGUGGCUGCCCUGCAGGUGCCAGCCACCAGCUCCAAUGCCAUGACUACUGCUGGGAAACCCAUCAGCAUCCCCCUCUCGGCCCUGCAGCUGCCUGGUCAGGAGGAGACACCGGUGGCUGCUGAGGAGACCCUGCCGUCCAUCACACAGCUGGCCCCGAGUGGUGAGGUGGCUGGCUCGCCCCCGGUGGGCACCGAGCCUGAGGUCAGCUCCAGCCAGCAGCAGGCCCACGCAGUGCCCACCACCACCCCUGAGGCAGCAGCGCAGCUGAUGCCAGACCAGGAUGAGAGAGCAGCAGAGCUCAGCAGGGAGCAGAAUGAGAAGACCAUUCGCAGCACACAGACGGCUCUCCGCAAUUUCCGAGAAUUCCUCAUUUCCAAGUACCCCUCUGAGACGCGUGAGAUCUAUGUCAUCCCCUGCAAAGAGCUUGAUGCCUAUCUUGCAUCCUUCUUUGUGGAUGCCAGACAAAAGGAUGGGUCUGAAUAUGAGCCAAACAGUCUAGCCAACUAUCAGUGUGGCCUGGAGCGGUAUCUCAAAGAGCACAGGUAUGGAUACAGUAUUACAAGGGAUAAGGAGUUCAAGAGGUCCCAGGAAGCUCUAAAGCAAAAGCAGAUAGAGCUGAGGUGUAAAGGCAAAGGUAACAAGCCACACAAAUCCAUGAAGCUCACCUUUGCUGAUGAGCUUAUCCUGCGCAAAAGAGGCUUAUUGAGCAGGUACAAUCCUGAAGGGCUUCUGAACCUAGUGUGGCUGAACAACACUAAGGCAUUUGGACACUGCACGGGUUUCCAUGGGUCAACCCUCAAGUGGGGAGACAUCCGGCUGCGGGUGACAGAGACUGGGUUGGAGUACCUGGAGUGGAUGGGGCCAGACAACGGGGAUGUGAGUACCAAGAGCAAGAGAGGGGGGACGGACUCGCGGGUGUACGCCACCCAGCACUCGCCACAGACCUGCCCUGUGCAGGACUACAAGGAGUAUGCCCAGCGACGCCCUCCGGCCAUGCGCUACGAGGAUGCGCCUUUUUACCUGUCCAUCAAACCCGUUGUCAACUUGGCUGCACUUCACUGGUACAAUUGCCAAGCCCUGGGGAAAAACAAGCUUGCCAAGAUGGUGAAGACAAUGUGUGAGAAAGGGAACAUCCCUGGCCGCAAGACCAACUUCAGCGUCUACCAGAGCUGCAGCACUCUCUCAGAAGCUCAGAGCAACCAGCUGGUGCUGAUCUGCAAUAACUUGAGCCAGCAGGCUGCCCAGUCCAUGGCAAGCCACUCCAAUACUGGCAACUUCAUAGUGUCAGCAUCCUAUGACUCGUCAUCUGACACGGCUUGAAAGAACACUGAACACUUUUUUCUUUUUCUUUUUGUUUCAAGCAUUGAAUUUGUGCUCAAUAAUACACAUCAGCUGUGAUUGUACACUAUUCCCCCUCUCAGCCCUCUCUCCAGUAUUAAUUCACUUUAUAAGAAUAUAUAAACAUAUAAUAUAUUUUUCUUUCUACAAAUAAGUCAACAGAAAUAGUUUAGUAUUACUAACAGUAUUUAUAGUGUUAAUGCAAAAAUGAAAGGUACUUAUGGGUUAUGAUACAAAUGCAGAUUUUAAAAGGAUAGAAAUGGUUCUCAGGCAACACAAUAUAGACUGAAAAUACCAUUUUUAACAUGCACACAAUAAUGAGUGUAAAUCCCCAGAGGGGCUUACAUAGCAAUUCUGUUCUAAAGCAUUUUUUCAAUUUAGUAUUGUAACAUGACCUCCCACAGGAGGAGGAGACAAACUUAACAUUGGCUCCUGCUUCUUACCUGCUAGCUUAUUCUUGAUCAGCAAGACCAAGAAAUAAGAAGUACAUCAAUGUAAGUUCACAAAACCAUUUACAGCAUUUUUUGUCUGUUUUUAUUAUGUUUCCUGAGGCUCAUUUACACGACAAAAAUCCUGAAGUCAGCUAAAUGCCAUUUUUAACUUUUGGGUAUGUUGAUUUCCUGGGAUCAAAAUGUUGCUGAUGUUUAGGCUAACAAGUAUUGUUUUCAACAAUAUGCAAAAGUAUAAUAGCAAAGCCAUUGUCACACAUAUUUUUUCCUCUUUAAGCAUAGGUUGUUAGUAUUUUAUCAGUGUGUGUAUGUAAUGUAAAAUCUGUUGACAUAGAGCACUCUUUCAGUAUUCUGAGAAAACCAACAGUACAGAAUAAUCUGCAUUCUUAUCCCAGCUGUAUAGAAAAAUGGCAUCAACUAUGUCUUAAGCCAUCAUUUGAAAUCCACAAAACAAUUUCUACCGAAAUUUUUAAAGAAAUUCUACAGAGAGGAAAAAGCUGGAUACUUUUAAGUGCUGGAACACAAAUCUAACUUAGCUACACAUCUUCUGUUUCCAUUGCAGACGAUGGAAAAUGUGCACGUGAAUCUGAGGGUGAAGAAUUUGGACCUUAAAGCCUUGAAAUAACAAACUCUACUGUUCUACUUUGUAAUGUAGUUGUUCUACUACAAGUAUGGGAAAAACACUAACUCACUAUUUCAGUGAACAGUUAUAAUUCUUGACACUUAAAAUUAGGAACAGUACUUUUCAAGUAAAUAAACUUAGUUUAAGUUCCACUAGGAUGUGCUAGGGCUGUGGUGAGGCUAUAGAAAGUCUGCUGGGGUAAUUGAGUGCUUGCUGAAGUCAGUGAAAGAGACAACCAUGGCUGACUUCUGCUGGGUAUUGGACCAAACAGCCUUUGGAGAGGCUUUCUUGUUUUGCAAUUUUUAAUUGUUUUGUUUCUUUAUGCUUGUUUGUCUGUAUUUCUCACAUUCCUGCAUAUCCUUCAAAUUCUUUAGAACUGCAACUGUGCAAUGACUUUAAUCAUCACUAAUUCCAAAGAAGAGGUGAAAGAAAGGUAGCAAAUAGAAAUAGAAGUAACUCACCUAGCACCUAUAAACUUUUUUUUUCUGUGUUCCUAGGAUGAAAUGUUCCUGUGUGAGAGGGAGGUGGAAGAGUGUCUGCACCUCACUUAAGCCUUACUGAAGGUUUGUUUUGAGGAUGAAAUAGGUAGCAGAUGUGGCACUGAAAAGCCUAAGGGCAGAGAUUUCCACUAUAAUAAAUAUCUGUCCUCCCAGGAAGCUUUAUGCAGGUGACACAACCUGGCUGGGAUCUCUUUUUUUCCCACAUGUAGCAAGGCUAGUAAAAAGUCUGGUUUCCUGUGUCUGACACUCCAUGGUAGUGUAGCCACCAGUUCUACAGUCUUCCAGUUACCAUCCACUGUCUCUCAGGGUAGGCAGUGGAUUGGUGGGCACAAGCAGUUGUUCAUAUUAUAGAGCCCUUCUUUUGUAACUUGGCUUUGGGACUUGAUGCCAAAUUAUGACUCUACUGAAGUGAUUGCAAGCUGUGUCUGUGACUUUCAGUGCCAUGGCAUAUCUGACUUGUUGGUGAAGGAGACAGAAGCAGAGAGAUUUCAGGUGAAGACAGAAAGACAGCUGCCCAGUUUCUAGAUGAGGCCAGACAUCUGAUUGCUGCUUGUACUGCCUUGCCUUUUCACAGCAGUGUAUUUAGUGUGGUACAGUGAAAAAUAGUUUUGCAAGACCACUGUUGCUCUGGGAUUUCUUUACUAUUUUCCCACUGAGGACUUGUGGAGCGGUGCUUAGUAUGUGCUGGAGCGUGAGCAUUCCAUGCCAAGGACCUCUCUCAAAGUGCCAGGUGAGAGCUCAGCCAUGGAGUUGACCUCUAGGAAAGUCUAGUUUCUCUUCCUUCCCACUGGAACUCAUCUCAGCAUUUCCCAGUGAUAGCUAUUGCAGUAUCUGAUUGUAGUUCCCUACAUUUCCUUUUCUGUUCUGCAGUGAGGGGAUGGGUAUCAGCUGGCCUAUGUGGGGCAGCAGAUCUCUGUUUCCCACCUCUCCUCCCCUGCCCAGCCCACCCCUUUGCUCUGAGGAGGCCAGUCACAUGUGCUGUGCUGCAAGCAGCACUUUGAAGUGGUGCUUCACAUCAGUGCUGUAAUUCAGCAUCAACACAGAUCUCAGAAGAAAGAAGACUGGCACUUCUGGGUUUUUAACUGAGAGAUCAAAAGAAGCAUUUCCCAUGACUUUCUGACUCUUCAUGCUGCCUAAGUUGUUGAUUACCACAGUAUUAGGAUGGUUUGUGCUGAUGUCCAGCAGCAGUGAGGCAGCAUCUCUGGUACCCUUGACUUAGCGGGGCACAUAAGCAACCUUUCCCUGUCUGGUUAAGGGACAAGCAUUGGUGUGUGUGUGCUUACUGUGAUAGCCUCAGUAUUAUCACGAGGGAGGCCAGAGCCCAGCUGGAAUGAAAUCUGGCCAAGGACAUUAAGGACAACAAGAAGGAUGUCUGCAAAUGCAUCAAUGACAAAAGGAAAAGGAAGGAUAAUGUGGGCCUGUUACUAAAUGAAGGAGGGACCCUGGUAACGGAGGACUUAGAGAAGGCAGAAUUACUGAACACUGCCUUUGCAAUGGUCUUCUCUGGCAACACCAGCCCUCAGGGAUCUCUGACACAGGAGUUCAGGGUAAAGGAAUGUUGGAAGGGAGACUUUCCCUUGGUCAAGGAGGGAAAAGUGUUGGAGAACACCUAGACAUCCACAAGUCCAUGGACCCUGACGGGAUGCAUCCACAAGUGCUUAGAGACUUGGUGGACACCAUACCUGAGGCUGCUCAUGAUCACCUUUGAAAGGUCAUGGAGAGGUGCCUGUGGAUUAAAGAAAGCAAAUGGUAUCCCAGUGUUCAAAAGGAAAAAAAGGGAGCCCAGGAAAUUACUGGCCAAUUAGCCACACCCCGAUCCCUGGAAAGGUGAUGAAGUGCCUCAUUCUGGAGGCCACUUCUAUCCGCAGGAGGUGAUCAGGAUAGUUAGCAUGUAUUCACUAAAAGUAAAUCAUGCUUGACCAACCUGAUUUACCUUUUACAAUUAAACAACUACCUGGAUGGAUGAGGGGAGAGCAGCAGAUCUUGUCUACCUCAACUUCUAGGCUUUUGACACUGUCUCUCAUAGACAAACUCAGGAAGAGUGGACUGAAUGGGAGGACAGGGAGGUGGAUUGAGAACUGGCUGAACAGCAGAUCCCAGAGUCAGAAUCAGUGGCACAGGCUCUAGUUGGAGGCCUGUCCCUAGUUGUCUCUCCCAAGGUCCAGUAGUGGGCCCAGUCUUGUUUAAUUUAUCCAUCAGUGACUUGGAUGAAGGGGCAGAGGCCUCCUCAGCACUUUCACUGACACACGAAGCUGGGAGGAGCGGCCGAUAGCCCAGAGGGCUGUGCAGCCCUUCAGAAGGAUCUCAGCAGCCUGGAGAGAUGGGCACUGAGGAACCUCCUGAAAUUCAGCAAAGGCAAGUGCAGGGUCCUGCCCCUGGGGAGGAACAAGCCCAGGCACCAGCACAGCCUGGGGGUGACCUGCUGGGAAGCAGCUCUGUGGAGAAGGAGCUCCUGCUGGACAACAAGCUCUCCAUGAGCCAGCAGUGCCCUGGUGGCCAAGAAGGCCAGUGGCAUCCUGGGCUGCAAUAUGAAGUGCCAGCAGGCUGAGGCAGGUGACCCUGCCCCUCUGCUCAGCCCUGGAGAGGCCUCACCUGGAAUGCUGUGUCCAGUUCUGGGCUCCUCAGCACAAGAGAGACAUGGAACUCCUGGAGAAGGUCCAGUGGAAGCCAACAAAGAUGAUUAAGGCACUGGGGCAUCUCUCUAAUCACACACAGGAACAGAUUGCCCAGAGAAGACUCACCCUCACUGGAGAUACACAAGAAUUAUAAGGAAACAAUCUUCUACCAUGUGCUUUAGGAUGACCCUGCUUGAACAGGGAGCUUGAAACAGAUGACACACUGUGGUUCCUUCCAACCUUACCCAUACUCUGAUUCUGUGAUUAUAGGAAUAGUUUUGUUCUGCUUUGUGAUAUCUAUAGUAACUGUGGCAGUGAUGAUGGCAGAUUGCCUGGUAAGUUCUGGUGGGGCAGUCCCACAUAGGCUAUUUGUUGAAGAAGUUAAACACAUAUGGAAAGAAUAUGAUACCCAUGUAAUAUAGUAAAAAGUAAACUUACUAGUUUUGAAGGGCAUCUGAUACAACCUAUUAUUCAGUCUUUAUUUGUGGACAGUUAAAGGAAUUGAGUGACCACAGUUUGUCUAAUUACCAUUUGUAUUAAGGCUGUGAAAAGUUAUUAACUGUCUGGGAGAGAGACUUUGGGUUUAAGCUGCUCUCAUGGUUUUGUCUAAUAGUGGUAGGAGAGUACGUGUCUUAAUCUCUUUAUUUUAGGGGAGAGGGAACAACUCAGUUAUUUGCAGUUUUGACUGAGGGUAUCACACCUGCUUUGGCAGCAAGUUGCAAGCUCACAGUGAUGUUGUGCACCUUCCCUGGUGCUAAGAUACAGCAGUGUGCUCAUGGGCUAGUGCUGCCAAGUCUUACCAUCCUAUCCCUCUGGAUCAAAAAAGAACUGUGGUCUCCUGCCUUGGCUUUUGUUACUGAGCACCGCUUACCAUGAACUCAAGGGCUGGCUGGCGAAACACUGUCCUGCUCCUGUCAAGCACAGGCUGUAUGAUGGUGAUUGGGUGCAGUGGCUACAGUGAGGCACUGCAGGUGGGUGGCUGUACUCCUGACUAUAUCAUACUGUGAUGUAAAAGCUGAGCUUUUGCCCCAUAGUGAGGCUGUGAUUUCCUUAAGAUGAGGAUAGCUGGCUCCAAAAUGGGGCUUGUUUUCUCCUUUUUCUUUCAUUUUUUUCCUGCCAUUCACUUUUCUUCAACUUGAUGUUAGACCUCGUCAGUGAAUGAUUUCGACUCAGCUCCCCAGCAGAAAACAGAGCAAAAAAAAAGGGGGAAGUCAGAUAAUUUUCUGCCAACGUACUGAGCUGAAUCUGCUAAAAAGUUGAGGUGCAGACUCCAUCAGGGAGACAGAGGAUGGUGUUUGUCUACCAGCAUCACAGAGUCAUUAGCCGGGCUCAGCUACUGCAUCCCAUUAGAAACCUAUCAAAAGGAUAAUGCAGAUUCAGACCCUUCUGGAUUAUUUGUAGAUGUAUUAGAUGCCUUCAGAAUUAUCUACUGGCUUUUGGGAGAUUUGCUCAGUGCUACCAAGAGCAAAAUUUGGCCUUGAACUUAAGAGGCCAAGUGCCAAAGCACAGGCCUACACAGUGCAAAGGGGUCUGCACUAAUGUUAGUGCUGACUUUCCCAAGUGGCCUUCUCAGGACACCACAAUAAGAGUCAAACAUGGGGAUUAUAUGUGGAUGUCACUGGACUGAUCUGGAUGCACCUGUGCACAAUACACGCAUUUGGAUCUGUUCACAUGAUUGCACAUGUAGAUUGGCAGAGCUGUGGACACUUUGGACAGUGUAAGCUCUGUUUUUUAGUCAUCCAUGCAUGUAUUUAUGAUGUUGUGGUUUUGCACAAUGUUACGUCUUCAUGCAGUUAGUUGAAACUGAAGUCUGUGAUGCCUGGGUGUCACAAACUGCCUGUUUUAUUUUCAAAAAUGUAUUUAUGCAACAAAAUGUAUUUUUAAGUGCAGGAGAAUGAAGUACUGUCAUGAACUACACUGUAAACAAAAUUCCAAGGGAUAUCUAAAAUAACAGCCUAUACCUUGUUCACUUGCAUAGCGCAAUAAUUCUGUGAUAGCAGCAUCGGGGCUACUCACAUAGAGGAUAAUCUAACAAUGGCAUAUGUGUCCCUGUUGCACGUUCUCCUUUAUGUAGGGUAUCAACACUUUCAAGCUCUUUUUAGAAGUUGCUAUGGACUGAUACUCAGUCUCUACAACAUCGUUACCCUCUUAGAAAGCUGUGUAGAGAGUGACGCACAAGCAAUGUUGUACUGUUGUGUGUUUUUGUCUUAGAUGUUUGUGACCGAAUCUUGUUCUGCUGUUUGCGCAAGUGAUGUGGGGUGGUAAGAUGGGGAUCAGAAGGAGCAGGUGCUGUGUCACUCUAGAGCCCAGGCUGCCCUAAGGACUGAGACAGCCUUAAAGGAAAAUGAGAUUCCUGUUGCACUAGGUUUCUUCCUGUUCCGCUCAUGCUUUACCCUUUCUUGUCAUCAUGUCUGUGCACAUCCCAUAAGUGAAUUGACUGACCUGACUAGCACAUGUGGUGCAUGGGCUGAUCAUUCCAUCUGACAGUUAGCGGCACAUGAUUGUGAUUGACUGAUCUUCCCCAACCCCAACAGCUCCACUCCUCUCAACAUUCCUGAUCCUCACAUAUUCCUCCUUCCUGGUGUCUGCACCAUGGGGCAGGGGGACUGCUUUGUGCAGGGCUGCUCUUGGCUGGGAGCCCUGCCCAUCAAGUGACCUUGUGCUUUGGGGAUAAUGCGCUCAGGGCGGCCCACCUCGCAUGGGAUAUGUGGGGUUAUGGGAUACUGUGUGUGAGCACUCUGGAGGCUCGCAUCUCACAUGCUGGAAGCACUCUUCUUCUCUCUUCUGCUUUUUGUGAUAGGCUUUCAAGUCUUGAAAUGAGAUUAAAUUUACUCCUGUAAAUCUGUGUGCUGUGUAGCCCUCCACUGACAUAGUGGACUGGCAAACAGGACUGAGAUGACUGGUCCUCAACAGUAUGCAACUUUUGGGCUCCCUCUGUCAUGGAAAGGAGUUCAGCUCAUGGUGCAAACAACAGGGCAUUGGGACCCAUCCAGCUCCCCGAACUUCCAGAGGCAGCGUGAACGUGGGUUAAAAAAGAGAACCUACAGGAUGAAGAUUUGUCAUUUUAUUUGCCUGAAAUGAACCAGUUCAUCCCUCUGGGUUAGAGUAGAGAAGGCCUUCUCACUAUGAAACGUGGCAGGAAAUGGGUCUGCUCUUUCUAAUGAGGGUUCUUUGCUAAAUGUCACCAUGGAGAGACAGCUUCUUUGCUCUCCUUGUUCUUAAGGGCCAGGAUGUAUAUUCUCUUAUUUCUCUGCUCUCCUGCGUGUGCUGAAUCCGCACUCAGUGCUGAGGAACAGCGGAGAGAGGAGACCAUCCAUUGUAAAGUAUGGCUAUAUUCCUAGCCACAAACUUGGUACUGUGCUUUCUGGUGAUGGUCCCCCUGUGCUGAGCCAUGUCUUGGUGGUUGUGGACACCAUAAUAGCUGGUGUCUUCCAGCUAUCUGUUUGCUCUGUGCAGAGCCAACAUGACGGUUGCAAGCACGAUUCUCCAAACACAGAGAGCCCAAGGACAGCUUUUCAAGGACAUCCCUAUCAGCUGGGCAUCUGCAAGCCAAGAAGGGAGAAGGCCUUAAGCACAAUUAAGUGAUGAUACUUUCCAAAGGAUGGCAUGUGAAAAACACAUGAGAUUGUGCUUGAUCUCUUCAAGGGUUUUGGAAAGCUAAGGGCCCCCAGGGACAUGAGUGCUCCACCUGUUUCACAGGAGCGUAACUACAGCCAGUGGAGGAGUGGCCCUUCUGAGGACAUGUCCACGUUCUCUCGGCCCCCAGUGAGUUGCAUGGUCGCACGGCUUCCAGCUGCACUCCUGCAAACCAGGUUCCAGCCUGUUCCUUCCCACUGCACUGUGGCUGAUGCCCUGCAAAGUCCUGUUGCCAUUGUUCUCCAGCACCCUGACUCUUCCUGGAAGCAGCAGAGAGGCAUUUACAGUGGCAAAAUCCUGCAAAGCUGGGAAGCCCCACAGCCCAGUGACACCUCUGAGUUUGUUGAAAAGUUUGACACUAUCAAGUGGAACAUAUUUGAAGCAGUGGUGAUAUCUAAAGCUUUAAUUCCUAAACUGAUGUGGGAAAAUAUGAAUUUGCCACAAAAUUUUCUUGUUACGUGAACUGAUGGAUUUCUGUCUCAAGAAAUUAAUUUAUUUCUUCUGUUUUCUCACUCAAUUGGUUAAUGGUAGUUGGUAAUGCAUACAAAACUCCAUUUAUUUUAUUAUGCAAAUGCCACUAAAUAAGUUGUUUAUGCAUUAAAAAAUGAACUUAACUGUUUCAAAGAUACUAGGGUACUUUUGGCCAAUCUUUUAUUCGUACGCUCAGCAUUCAUUAGACAGCAUUUAUCACUAUCUGAAAAAACAGUACCAUUUCAGAUUUCAAUCUGAUCUUUUGUAAUUAAAAGCGGUUUCCUUCACAGCAUUUAAGGUCCUGGUAAGGUAGGUGCAAUCUUUGAAAUUCAGUGGGGUAGUUUCAGUUCAAAUGAGAAGAGGCAUUUGUUUUCUUUUAAACAAAGCUGUAGGAAUCCAUUAGUGAGUUCUUUUUAGUUACUACCAAGUCUGUUAGUAUAAAGAAAAUAAUAUAACAGUCAAGUGAAGGAAAAAUCAUCAAGAAAAUGCAAAAUGUUUAAGAAAAAACAGAAGACUACAUGCUUUACAAAAAUUAAUUAAUUUAACAGAUGCUAUCUUUGUCGCUUCAGCUGGUUUUCUUUUUCUUUUUUUCUUUUGUCUUUUUUUCUUUUUUUUAUGAACAAAUAAAACUCUUUGACAUUCCUCAUGCCUAGAAUUUGAUCUCCUUUCUGAAAAUUGUAAUCUUACUGAGACUGCCCUUGUUACCAUUAUAGCAUGUUCUCAGCUGGCCUAGAUCAUGUGUAGCUUUACAGUCUGCUCCACAUUGCUCCUGCUGGGAUUCCUCGCUCUCUUCCACUAUCAUGCAUUUAAUUCACUUCCUAUUAUGUAAAUUUCCAGCCUGAAAACACAAUGAUGCAGGAGACAUUUCCUGACUAUCUUCAGUGCUGGAUAGAGAAGGCAAGGAUCAAUACUAAAUGGCUUCAAAUUGAUUUUUGAUAACUUUUGUGUAUGGAGACAAAUAUCCUAGUGUCUCUAAGGCUAAAGGUGCACUGAACAAUGACUGCAGUGUCAGUCGCUUUGUGGAGACCUUUGUUUUCUGCCUGGUGCCUAUGAUUCAUAUCUUGGAAGCUUUGCCUUCUUCAGUAGCUUUCUCUGUGAACAGCUUAAAAGACUGGGCUCCUCUGCUCAAGGAUGGGGGCAUGGAUGUGAAAUGCAAGUGCAGAAGACAUUCAGAGAUGUGCAGACAAAAUGUGAAAUGAAAUGUCUUAGUGAAAUCUGAAAGCUGUCAGGGGAGGAGAUGGUGCAAACCUGAUUUUGCACCUAUUUAUGGCAGUACCUGCAAGCUGGGUGGUGCUGCUGCCAGAGAGAAUUUGGUGCCACUUCUGCAGAGUGCUGUGAGAAGUGAGUGCCCAUGCUUCUGCUUUCACCAAACUCAGGCUGUUUCUGCACUUUCUCCCCAAGCACAUGACUAGCCCCACUGGAAAUGAGUCUGAGAUGUGCAGGAGGGGACAUCAUUUGGCCAUAGAUGCGUUGUCAGUGCUUGUUUUUGUCCAUGUGGCCCAUCCAUCUCAGGGUUCAUCUCGAGACCUCUCCAGGCAGAAAAACUACUCAGUACCAGAAGAAAAAGAAUAUCUAAGUGCAACAAAAAACAGUGGAAAGGCAGUGGAAAAUCCUGGCAGACACAAUGGAAGUUUUUGUCCUUUUUUCUAAAGAAAGCAAGCAUAAUCCUUAUCUUUAAUAUCCUACUUUGUUUUCCACCAGAAUUAGAAAAUCUUUUCCACUUGUUUCAAUUAUCUGCAGGCUUUAACUCUGCUUUUGAAAAGCAUUUUUGCUAUGACAACCCUUGGUCUCAUGGUGAGCAGUGCUAGGAGAAAUAGCUAACGCAAGGAUUUUGCCUUUCCCUGCAUGCAAUGUUUAGUUUUUCUAAUCUUUUAAUGUGAAUUAUUUUUUGCCAUUUUGUAAAUUGACAAGAUUAGCACCAUUUCUUCCAAAACAGCAGUUGACAAACAUAUUUUACCUAAGUAUAACUAAAUUUCCACCUAACUGUGAAUUCUCCAUAGUGACCAGUUAAACCUCUAAAUGGUUAACACUCACUCACUGACUUUAACAAUUUUUUUUUAAAAACAGUUUGUAAAACUGUUUGUAGGUUUUAAAAAAAUAUUUAUUAAAAAUGUUACACUGUCUUGCAUAAUAAUAAUAAUAAUAAUAAUAAUAAUAAUAAUAAUAAUAAUAAUUCUAUGCAUUGUGUAAUUCAGUGAUGUUGCUCUUGAAAUUUUGCAUGUCUUCUAGAUGUUCUGGCAUUUGUAUGUUUACGUGGUACUUGUAAAAAUCCUAACCAUUGCUGCUAUAAUCACCACCAUUUUAGGUAAGUGAAAAUUGUACUAUAAAGCUGUGCCAGUUAUCAGGAUUUUUGUGUGUCAUACUAAAACUGCAUUCUGCUGAUCAUUUCUUGGUUUAUGCCAGUAUUUAGUGCCUUCUGUAGAAGGAAUCAAUAUGUUGUGGUAGAUGGAAUGUGCCAAAUUUCUAAUAUCUUGUCUGCACAGAUUAUCUAUCACUUACCAGCUUGAAGCUUAAAAAAGAAGUAAAAGGAAAAGAAAAUAUUUAACUCUCCAUCUUUUUUUAAAGUGUCUUCUCAUUGAUUUUAAUUUGGAAAACCUUUAAUAGAGCUGAAAGAAAGCCAUCAUCUCCUGCCACACCUCCUGCAGCAGCAGUCUACCAACUGUGAGGAGUGUGAGAGAAUGUGUAACACCAUUGGUAAUGGAUCUAAUGAAUAGCCAGGCCUCCUCAAGUAAUUUUGGAGCAUGCUAAAAUACCAUCUAAUUAAAGAAGUCCUCUGAUUACCCAAAGAAACUGUUAGCUCUCAUAGCAGUUGUGAGCAGGUUCUUGUAAACAAGUGUCACCCUGGUCAAAUGGUAGAUUCCAGUCUCUGCUCUGCCUCUACGGAAGCCACACAUUACUGCCAAAUGAGACUGGAUGAAAGUCAAGCCUGAGAUUUUUGGUCUCUUUCUUUCCAAAUGCUCCCAUGGCAGACAAGCCCUGUUUAUCAAAAUUCUGACAUUGCAUUUUCAGUUCCUCUUCUACCCUCUGCCUAAAAUCUGGCAGUAUGGUAAAUGCACACAAGCAUAUGCAUUUUGAUCUUUGUAAGAUUCAGACAGGCUGAAAUUGUAUCAUACUGUACUCAUACAGCAAACAGGCAAGAGGGAAAUGUGAGAUACUCACCUCUGGUGGAUUUCCCAGCCAUCAGGCAUGGUUCACAGUAUCUAGGCUGGUCUUUAAGAUAGUAUUUCCAUCUCUGUUGAGACAGGAAAGCUGUCUUGAAAAGACUUUUCAAAUCAAAAUAACAAGUUAUGAGAAAAUCUGCAUGACUGGGGAAAAUAAGAGUACAUUGAGUUCAUCCUUAGAAAUAUUGGUCUGAAGUCAUUUCUGUCUCCAAACAGGAAAACUGACAGCCCUUGUGAUGUAAAACACUUCCAAAAGUUAACAUUUAUGCCAAAUUUUUCAAUGUAUUUGUUCCUUUUAGUGAUACCCAGGACAUUUACAAAAGGUAAUAUUAAAGGAAGCAUAUAGAAUACACUGAAAAUCCUCCUGUGUAGUAGGUUGCAAGCUGGUCUCCCAAAACCUGAUGAAUUGAAAAUUCCAGCUGAAGAUCAAAACCUUCCACAAGUGAUAGAAUAUUGAGAAGCCUUUUGCAGCACCUCUGUUUCUAUCAGUUGGAGGGAAUAGGGCUCUCUUCAGAAAUUUUAGGUCUUGUAAUUGUCCUUUAAAAACAGGAAGCUUCUUCAGACUUGCUUUACCAGAUGAGGAGGCAGCUGGGACCAGUUACAGUGUGGUUCUCCAUUGUUUUGGUUGUCUAGUAGCCAUUUACACAUGAACAUGUGCUUCCACUAGUAUGAGUGAAGAGUUUUCCCUCCACAGAACUCCUUCCUGUGUGGCCCUAAUAUUAAAUAUUCAAGGCAUGGUCUUACAUCCUAUGUUUCUUCUAUUUAUGAGUAGAUCACAGUCUCAGUGGUCUCACCAUUGCACUAAUUGUCUUACCAACUUGUCUUUCUAACUUCUUUGUGUGGGCCUAAUUUGCCAAAAAAACAGAUUGCAACACAGCAGCUGUUUUUUCCCAUCUUCUUCCAUUGUGAAGCUAGGUAUAUCUGCAUUAUCUCCAGCUUAGAUUUGAGUCAGAAAAGACAUCAACAUCCUUUAUUCCCAGUUUGCACACUGGAAAUGCAGUAAAGGUUCUAUAGGUGCAGACCUUAUCUAGCCUGCUGCCUGUGGCAUGUCAGUCUCUAGUUACAUUUGUUUGCUUUUCACCACAAUUAAUCAGUUUCAAGAUGCAAAUUAGAUUAUAUUAAUGGUGUGCUGGUUUAGUUACCACCUUCCAAUCACAGGGAUUCCUUCAGUGUACAUACUGUCAGUCUUGUAAUUGCAUUUUUUCUGAUGUACAUCAUAUUGCAGGACCAGCUUUCCUUUUUCCUUUUAAAUAUAGCUUAGCCUAUGCUGCUGAAAGGAUCCGGGAAAGAAUUAUCUAUCCAAACCCCAGUGGAAUUUGGGACCUAGCUUUUUUUAGACCCCCUUGCAAGCCCCAGCUGUAAUCAUCUAUUUAAGGCAGAGAUUUUCGCAUGAGGAGUGCUAUGUUUCAUCCACUCCAAAUGCAGUUGCCCCUGUACACAGGGGCACCUUCUUACACAGAUCCCUUGUUCCUGCAUUUGUGAGAUUAACUGAACGGAAAUUUACUAGGGAGAAGUAAUAUUUUGAUGCAUUUUAAUGCAUUAAGCUCUGCAAAUCUAGAAAUCUGGGGGAAAGGGGGAGACUACUGGAUCAUUUUCUGAAAAUGUGAGUAACAUUGUCAGCUAGUCCAUUUUCAAUUAACUGUUUGUCCCCAUUGUCCUCAAAUUACCCUAUUUCUGUACUUGCACAGCACCAGGAGAAAAACAAGCAAAAAGGCUUUGUGGCUGUAAACAAAGGAUUUCAAAACCCACUUUGAACUUCAGAUCCCCAGUGGUGUUUCCAGGGCUGGUAACUUUUUUACUCAUCAGGUGGAUAAGUUUUGACCCUUGUGAAUGUCAUAUUGCCAUGCCUGCAGCAUAUUUUUAAGAAGAAAACUUCAUACAUGGUAAGGUCCUUUGCUGAUGAAGACCGAUAUGGUCAACAAAGUUGUCUGUCACUUGUGUCAGUUAAAAUUUUUUUGUUGUUGUUGUUGUGAUGUAUUUUUCUUCUUCAAGACACUCCACUGCUUGUUAAUGGGGAUAGACUAAGCAAAUGUGUGUUUGUACUGUUGUCUGCCAUAAUGUCUACUUGAAAAAUGUUAAGUAUUUGAGUACAGAAGUGCCCUCAAUAAAAAGAAAAUAAAAAGACCAAGAGGGUUUUUUUUUUAAAGGUGGUAUUUAUGAGUUUUCUCUCUUGCUUAGUUGUCAGAUAGUUGGGCUUCUGAAAAGAAUGGAUUCUGUUUGUGUUAAUUGGAGUAUGACAUUCACUGUUACUGGUCUGUAAAUUCCAGAGAUACUCAGAUCUUUAUUGCACUUCACCUCAUAUUUUUAUUCUCUCAUGAUAAUCUUUUAGAAGUCUGGUUCUGCUGCAUUAGAGAUUGGUUUCAGUGUCUGUACAAUGUUUGCUACUAUUGUAGUGUGACUUUGUAUUUUUGAUUUUUAAAAUUUGUAUUGGUACAGCCUUAACUUACAGAAAUAAAGGCCAUUUAAAAUGAAUCAAAAUAGUCAUUGAUGUCUGUGGUAAGUGCAUGCUUUAUUCACAGUAUGUUGUCUGUAAUUAGGUGUAGCAACCAAGUCUUAUGUAUUUAAUAAAUUGUUUUCUGCAAA